AUGUUCCAGACUGCCAACAGCAGCACGCCGAAAUUGAGCUUUGAAAAGCGUGUCAUUGGGACUUCUUUAAGACUACACCGUGAUGCCCACACGGGAACAAAUGAAGACUGUAUUCGCUCAAGCUGUAAUAACGUUUUUUUGGUGUCGCACAGCUUUAAUAGCCCGCAACUUAGUAGCACGAUUCGUUCCACGCACAGCGGUGGGCUGGAGGUUUUGACAGCAGAUCCCCCGCUGCUAUUAGACUUUAGUGUUUCUUCAGCGAGCGUUCGUCGACGGAAACAAUCUCGCCCCUUUUUUGGCAGCAAUAAUGACUUUGGUGUGGAGGAUGAUAAUGUUGUGGUGGAGGCCAGGGAAUCCAACAGUUCGUUGAAUGGCUCACGCACCUCUGACGCGUGUCCUGGGUCCACGGUCUCCGCGCCACUGGAAGUCGAACCUCUUCCCACCUCAUCAGUCACUAAGUUCUACACCUCAUCGCCGGAGAAGCGGCGCAAGUCCCUCUCAAAGAAGGAACGUGGCAGGGAAGUGAAUGGUUCUGGCAAAAAAUCCGUUUUACGGCGACGUACUGGAAGUGUACCGUGUGUUACGCACAACAGCGUCACACGCUCACAGGAUUCCGAGGGAAAAGGCCCCAUGCAUGUUAGCCUGGCGCACAAGGCAUUAAUAGGAAAGGGCAGUUUUGGUGUUGUUUUCCAAGCAAUGGAUCGUGACACGAAUCACAUUAUAGCUGUAAAGGAGAUUUCGUUUUCAGAAGGUUCAGAGAGCAAAGCGUUGAAGGCAGUGCGAAAGGAACUUGCACUACUAAAACUUCUUGAUCAUCCACACAUUGUGAAGUGCCUCGGUGAGGAAUGCGAAGAGAGUUGUCUUCGUAUCUACAUGGAGUAUGUUUCUGGUGGAAGUAUUAGCAGUGUACUUCGCACAUUUGGUCCUUUUCAUGAGAAACAGGCUUCUAUCUAUACAAGACAGAUGUUGGAAGGACUGGAAUAUUUACACAGCAAGAACAUUAUGCACCGUGAUUUAAAGGGAGACAAUCUUCUCGUGGAUCCAAACGGCACACUAAAAAUAUCAGAUUUCGGUACCGCGAAGGACCUUUUGGAUCCCACUGCCUCGACGGCACUGGCGGGCACGGCGUAUUUUAUGGCACCGGAGGUAAUUCUCUCUCAGGGCGUUGGGUUGCCGAGCGAUGUGUGGUCUGUUGGUUGCUGCGUGAUUGAGAUGUUGACGGGGAGUCCUCCAUUUUCGGGGGUCAAGAAUCAGUACUCCAUGAUGAUGCGUGUGGCAGAGACCGAGGGAGAGUUGUUUCCAGAAAUGAUUCCAAAAGGGCACAGACUUUCUUCCGGGGCUAAGUCCUUUUUGCGAAGAUGUUUGCAACGAGACCCCUUAAAGCGGGCGACGGCAAAAGAGUUACUGGAUGAUCCAUGGAUUGUGCACACACCGGAGGUUAAGGGUUCCACGCACUGUAGUAGUCGUUCCAGCAAUGGAGCAUUCCCAUGCGGAAGAUGUGGCGAAGAAGGCACUGAAGAGGGCGGUUCGUUGUCUCAUUUACGACAGGACCAAACUCUGGAGAAGGACAACUUAGUUGGUGCUGCAAAUAGCGGUUCCACCUUGUCGCGAAGUCAGAAGCAUGCUAGUACGAACGUGCAAUAA